AAUGUAAAUCACUUUUGUUUAACACGAAAUAUUUAAUUGAAAAGACAGUUUUAUACCGUUUACCGGCGAAUUCUACCGCCGUUAGCCGGAGAUGGCCGAUCGGUUCUUUCCAAACGAGAUGCCUCCCUUUGUGGCAGAGACAGCAGACCAAAUUCCAUUGACGGACUCCCUCACUGCUCUUCUCUCGCUCCCUUACCAAACCCUAUCUGCAAAGUUCCAAGAGUCUGCAUUUCACUUGAAACAAUCGGUGUUGAGGGAGACAUGGGGAUCACGUGGGAAGCGUGUGAAGGACUAUACCCUUUACACGGGGGCUCUUGGAACAGCAUACCUGCUUUUCAAGGCCUACCAAGUAACCAAGGAUGGGAAUGAUCUUAACUUGUGCUCUGAGAUUGUUGAGGCUUGUUAUUCUGCUUCAGCAGAUUCUGGCCGUGUGACAUUUCUUUGUGGGCGUGCUGGUGUUUGUGCUCUUGGUGCUGUUGUAGCUAAGCAUACUGGUGAUGAAAGGCUACUUGACUAUUACCUGAGACAAUUCAAAGAGAUUGUAAUACCUCGUGAUUCGCCAUAUGAGCUAUUGUAUGGCAGAACAGGUUACCUAUGGGCUUGUUCAUUCUUGAACAAGCAUAUUGGUAACAACACAAUACCUACUACCCACAUGAGAUCAGUAGUGGAUGAGGUUAUCUCGGCUGGCAGACAAUUAGGACACAAGGGAAGAUGUCCUCUGAUGUAUGAAUGGCAUGGAAAGAAAUACUGGGGUGCUGCACAUGGACUUGCAGGAAUUAUGAAUGUUUUGAUGGACAUGGAACUCAAGCCAGAUGAGGUGGAAGAAAUCAAGGGUACCCUACGUUACAUGAUUAACAAUCGUUUCCCUAGUGGCAAUUAUCCCUCCAGCGAAGGAAGUGAAAAUGACCGUCUUGUGCAUUGGUGUCAUGGUGCUCCUGGAGUCACUUUUACCCUUGUAAAGGCAGCUGAGGUUUUUGGGGACAAGGAAUUUUUGCAAGCAGCUGUAGAUUCAGGGGAAGUAGUAUGGAAGAGGGGUCUGCUUAAGCGAGUUGGGAUGUGUCAUGGCAUCAGUGGGAACACCUAUGUCUUCCUUUCUCUUUACAGAUUGACAGGAAAUGAGAAGUAUUUGUACAGGGCCAAAGCAUUUGCUUGUUUCCUACUUGAUAGGGCACAUAAACUGAUCUCAGAAGGAAAGAUGCAUGGAGGAGAUCGCCCCCAUUCCUUAUUUGAAGGUCUUGGAGGAAUGGCAUAUACUUUUCUAGAUAUGGUUGAUCCACUAAUGGCCAAGUUCCCAGGCUAUGAACUUUGAGUCACUGUCAUGAUGUAUAUUAAAAUUACACAUAUCUAUCCUGAAGAACUUUGGAAGUAUGAGAAGAAACUGCAACUUUGUA